CGAAAAUGAAGCUUAUGAAGUUUUUAAAGAAGGAAUGUUGCUGGCUUUGGAAAAUCUCAAACCGGAAAUAAAAAUGGAAGAUGUUGAUUUGUUCUUCUUUCCAAUAGUGCAACCCAAACACUGUUAUGUUCUAUGCUUGAACAUGAAACAACAACACAUUGAAGUAUUGGACGACACACUAGAUAAGUUGGACAUUGAUGACAAGUAUGGUGAGAUGCCCUAUAGUCUGAGAGAUAUGUUUGUGGAUUACUUAACAGAAGUGAGUCUUGAUAAUGAAUCCAACACGUUUUACACACCGAAUUUGAAGAGGUUGGCAAUGAAUUGGAGAGAAUCCAAGAAUGAGCAUGAUUACGGAUUGUGGAGCAUG